AUGUCGUCUCUCGAGGCUAAGAUUGUCGUCCUCGGCGCUCAAGGCGUCGGCAAAACGUCCCUCGUCAUGCGCUACUGCAAAGGCGCCUUCAACCCGUCCCAGAUCACCUCCACCGUCGGCGCCAGCUUCAUGACCAAGCGUGUCGUCGACACCGACUCCGACACUGUCGUCCGUCUCCAAAUAUGGGAUACAGCCGGCCAGGAGCGCUUCCGCUCCAUCUCGCGCCUCUACUACCGCGGCGCCAACGCCUGCAUCUUGUGUUAUAGCAUAACCGACGCCAACUCCUUCGAGGACAUGGGCGUCUGGCUCAUGGAGCUGCGCCGCAACCUGCCCAGCGACGUGGUCCUACAUGUCGUCGGCACAAAGGCCGACAUUGUCGCCCGCGACCCCUCGACCCGCCAGGUGCCCUUUGAGCGUUGCAUCGCCUACGUCGCCGAGAACCUCGCCCCUGGCGCCGGCAGCACCCCGCCCCCCACGGCCACGCCCGUCAACGGCCCCUCCGCCGCCACCCUCGCCAGCGCCGUCGAGCCCCGCAGCCCCAGCUCCAAACGCAGCUCCGGUUUCUGGGCCCAGGAGGCCGGCUGGGACGCCUGUCACGAGAUCAGUGCCGAGAGCGGCGAGGGCGUUGAGGAGGUGUUCCGCGUCGUCGCCCGCAAGCUCGUCGAGCAGAACCGCAAGCUCCAGCAGGCCCUGCUCCACGCCACGGCAACCCCGGGCACUCCUGGUUACGAGACGGGCAUGGACGGAGGCUACUUUGACGGCUCCAACGGCCGCGGCAGCUUCCGCGUCGGCCGCGACCGCCGCAGCUGGCUCUUCUCCCCGGCAUUUUCUCCGGCCGUCACUAUCGACCAGGCCGGUACCCAGCAGGACCAGCCCGGCGAGGAGGACUUGCUCAAGGAGCGACGAAGGUGUUGCUGA